AUGGACAAUCUCCGAUAUCGAAAAUCGAUAUCACAAUGCUCGGUUGAACACUUCAAUCUUUCUAAAGCAUCAUUACUGCCAUCGCUCAAAGCGAACAAAGCCAAUUUAUGUGCGGACGAGUCACAUUUGUCGGUUAGUGGCAAAGAUACGAAAGGCAGAAGCAAGAUAAGCAAUGAAUACAUGCUAUUUAUUGCUUAUGGCAUUUAUGAAAUGAAAUUAGGAUUUAUUUAG